AUGCUGGCAUCUUCCGGUUCUGGGCUCUCUGGCUCCUAUGAAGACUUGCAGCGUGGAGAGGUAUCUGAAGCCCUUGUGGACUUUACCGGAGGGGUGACAAUGACCAUCAAUCUGGCAAAAGCCCCUGGCAACCUCUGGGAAAUCCUAACCCGAGCCACCUGCUGCAGAACCCUGAUUGGCUGCCAGACGCACUCAGGGGAGAGGGUGCUGGAGAACGGGCUGGUGGACGGCCAUGCCUAUACUCUCACAGGGAUCCGGAAGGUGACCUACAAACAUGGACCUGAGUAUCUAGUCAAGUUGCGGAACCCCUGGGGAAGAGUGGAGUGGAAAGGAGACUGGAGUGACAGCUCAAGUACGUGGGACCUACUGAGCCCCAAGGAGAAGAUUCUGCUGCUGAGAAAAGAUGAUGAUGGAGAAUUCUGGAUGGCACUGCGGGACUUUAAAGCGCAUUUCGUGCUUCUGGUCAUCUGUAAACUGAGCCCAGGCCUGCUGAGUCAGGAGGCAGGCCAGAAGUGGUCAUACACCAUGCUGGAGGGGAGAUGGGAGAAGGGGACCGCGGCCAGUGGCCAGAUAAAGUCACCCCAAGACACGUUUUGGAAGAAUCCGCAGUUCCUGCUGUCGGUCUGGAGGCCCCAGGAGGGCAGGAGGUCCCAGAUGCCCUGCAGCGUGCUGGUGUCCCUGAUCCAGAAGCCCAGGCACAGGCACCGCAAUUGGAAGCCUUACCUCGCCAUUGCCAUCUACAUCUUCAGGAUGAGCAAGAGCUAUGACAACAAGAGGAGACUGCCCCCCGAGUUCUUCUGGGAAAAUGUUCCCCUGAAUUGGCCUGAGACGUUUCUCACAGAGAAGGAAGUGAGUCGGGAGCUGUGGCUGGAGCCCGGGACGUACGUCAUCGUGCCCUGCACAUCUGAAGCCCGCCAGGAGUCCAAGUUCGUCCUCAGAGUCUUCUCCAGGAAGCAUAUCUUUUAUGAAAUUGGCAGCAAAUCCAGUGUCGUCUUGUCUCAGGAAAUUGUAGACCAAAGUGAAGGGCAGGAUGAAUUCUUCACCAAACUCUUCAAAAAGCAUCCAGAAAUAAAUGCAGUCCAACUGCAGAAUAUCCUGAACCACAUGCCCUGGUCAGGUCUAGGGAGCAAACAGCCUGUCUUCAGCCUCGAGGCCUGCCAGGGAAUUCUGGCCCUACUGGAUCUUAAUGCAUCCGGGACCGUGAGUAUCCAGGAAUUCAGAGAACUGUGGAAGCAGCUGAUGCUCUAUCAGGAGGUUUUCCACAAGCAAGACACUAACCGGUCAGGAUCCCUGAACUGGGCGCAGCUGCGGGCUGCCAUGAGGGAGGCAGGAAUCGUGCUCAAUGACGACGUCUGCCAGCUGAUGCUCAUCCGCUACGGCGGCCCCGACCUGGAGAUGGACUUCGUCAGCUUUGUUCACUUGAUGCUGCGUGCGGAGAACAUGGAGGAUGCCUUCCAAAACUUGACCCAAGAUGGCAAAGGGAUAUACCUCCAGAAGCCAGAGUGGCUGAUGAUGACUCUGUACUCCUGAGAAGGCUGGACGCUCUUUGGCCCUCACUGAAGACUCUGCAUAUGGCCCCAGGCCUCACUGAAGACUCUGCAUAUGGCCCCAGGCCUCACUGAAGACUCUGC